CGUAGGCAUAGCAGAAGAAGAGCUACGGAAGAAGCGGAGGAAGAUGGAUUUGGAGGCAAUUCCAAGCGGUGUAAUGGUAAAGGAGGUGCUCCUGAAGUUGGACACGGAGACGCUUUGCUCGGUGGCAUGUGUCAGCAGAGCUCUCCGCUUCUCCGUCUCACAAGCCCUUCCCUUACUCUCCUCUCUCCAUCUAUCCGCAUUUUCUCCGGAUGCCCAGACUCUGGCUCACAUUCUUUGCAGGUGCAGCGGCCUUAAGAGCCUCACCCUCAAUUGCCUCCGCCUUGAUGAUUCGUCUCUGGGGGGAUUCCUCGGUCCGCAGCUCCAGGAGCUGAAUUUUCUCAGCUGCACUUUGCUCUCAUAUCAACUUCUUGCUUCCAUCGGGAAAAGCUGCCCCAAUCUGAGGGUGCUUAUGCUGGAAUUGGUAGAGCAGGAAUCAGCUGAAGUAUUCAAGAGUAACCUUGCCCGGAUGCUUAGUGGGUGCUUGUAUUUGGAGUCACUCUGUCUAAAGAUUCGAGGAACAGAUGUUGAUGCAAGUGCUUUCCAGUCUGUUCAAUUCUUCCUGCCCAAAACUCUCAGAAUCCUGACGUUACACCCAGUGCUUGAGCAGGAUGGGAUCCAGCUAAUAAGCAAACUUCAAGUUGAUAGGACUUUUUCUGAGACGGCUGAUUUUUGCAUCACCUUCUCUCCAAUAACAGCGGGUUUUCCAUUGCAGUGCUUGUCACUGGUCUUAGAUAUUAUUUCCGAUGAGCUAUUCAUUUUGAUCACCAGAUCUCUUCCUCUUUUGAUAGAGCUGGAUCUUGAAGACAGACCACAUAAGGAGCCAUUACUGCACCGCGACUUGACCAACAAUGGGCUUCAGUCCUUGGGCUCUUGUCAUCGUUUAACAAGUCUCUCACUUAUACGUAGUAGACGAAAUCACCAAGUGUCAUUCAAAAGAAUAAAUGAUAUGGGCAUGUUUCUCCUUUCUGAGGGCUGCAAAGGUCUAGAGUCAGUGAGACUUUGUGGGUUCUCUAGAGUUAGUGAUGCUGGCUUUGCAUCAAUUCUACACUCCUGCCAGCGGUUGAAGAAAUUUGAAGUCCGUAAUGCCUUAUUUUUGUCAGACUUGGCCUUUCACAAUCUUGCUGGGGUCCCUUGUUCCCUUGUUGAGGUGAGAUUGUUUUCAUGCAGUCUUAUAACCAGCGAAACUGUGAAAAAACUAGCUUGUUGUAGGAGCUUGGAGGUGCUUGACCUAUGUGGCUGCAAGAGUAUAGCAGAUUCCUGCCUGAGCUCCAUUUCCUGUCUUCAUAGAUUGACUUCAGUGAAUCUAUCGGGAGCUGACGUUACCAACUAUGGUUUAUCUGUUCUUGGUCAGGGCAGUCCACCGAUCACACAUUUGUGUCUAAGAGGCUGCAAGAGGGUAACUGAUGAAGGACUCUCUCUUUUGCUCCAUGGUGGAGGGACAAUGAGCAAAUCAUUGUCAGCCCUGGAUUUAGGACACAUGCCAGGAAUAUCAGAUAAAGCAAUACUUACAAUUUCUAAGGCUGGUAUAGGCAUUACCGAGUUAUGUAUUAGGUAUUGCUUUAAUGUGACUGAUUCGUCCGUGGAAGCUUUAGCUAUGAAGAGAAGGUUCCGAGAUGGAGGUAAACUACUUCGGAGGCUUGAUCUUUUCAAUUGCACUGGCUUGUCUGUUGAAUCAAUGAGGUCACUGAGGAAGCCUUCAUUCCCUGGAUUACAUUGGCUUGGUAUUGGGCACACGCGUUUGACUAGUAAAGGAAAUGCUGUUUUAACUGAAAUUUGCAAGUUGCGACGAUGGCUGACUCUGUGUUUGGAUGGCUGUGAAAUGGGAUGCCAUGAUGGAUGGCAAUUUCAUAGACCGGACUAUCGUUGAUCUUGAUUUUGGUGUUAAUUAAUUAAUUAAUUAUUCUUAUUCUUAUUAUUAUUUUUUCCGUUUCCAUAAUA